AUCUCUGUUGAUAAUAAUAAAUAGAAUUAAUCCAAUCCACAUUUUUAUUAAUAGUUGAUCAUGAGAAGAGUGCUGACUGAAACCCAGCAGCUAUUUGGUUUCAGGCCUUAAAUUCAUUAGGCACCCCCUCUAGGGACUCCUAUGAAGGCAACAUAUAUAUUACGAUCAAAAAAAUUUGUCGGGGAGCUGAGAACCUGAUGUUUCUAGGAGUGCCUCAUAGAGUUAGUGAUGGCCGCUUUUGGCAUGGCAGCCUUUUCUGUACCAGCUGGGCCAAUCCUGUCACUUAACCCGCAGGAAGAUGUCGAGUUUCAAAAGGAGGUGGUAGAGGUUUGCAAGUGCACAACCCAGCAAAAAGAACAAGAACAACUUGCUCCUGGAGUAGUCUUUGUGUGCCACCUACUUAAUGAAACCCAGAUCUUUUCGUAUUUCUCCCAGUUUGGCACUGUUACAUGGUUCAGACUGUUCAGAAGUAAAAGGACUGGAAAUAGCAAAGGCUAUGCAUCUGCGAAGUUUGAGUUUGAGGAUGUUGCCAAGAUAGUUGAUGAAACAAUGAACAACUACCUGUUUGGUGAAAGACUCUUGGAAUGUCAUUAUGUGCCACCUGAAAAAGUACACAAAGAGCUCUUUAAAGACUGGAAUAUUCCAUUUAAGCAGCCAUCUUAUCAUCAGUGAAAUGUUAUAAUCAGAAUCGGACACUAACACAAAAGCUACAGAUGGAGGAGUGAUUUAAAAAGAAACAAAGAUUACUCAGGAAGAAAUGAGCUAAAAAAGGAAUUGAUUAUGAUUUUCCUUCUUUGAUUUUACAGAAAACAGAAAGUAUUUUAAAAACUAAUCAUCCGACAUCUACAAAAGGCCAGGUUUUCUAUUAGGAGAAGAAAAAGGUUUUUGGCACUCUUGACACUCCUGAGAAGACUGUGGAUAGCCAGGGCCCCACACCAGUUUGUACACCAAUAUUUUUGGAGAGACAAAAAUCUGAAGUGGCUGAAAUGAAUGAUGAUGAUAAAUAUAAUGAAAUAGUUUUCUAA